AUGUUCUUUUCUAUUGGAGUGUUUGUCUGGCAAGUGUAUGUAGUGUACAUGUACAUGAGUGUCGAUUAUUUUCUCAACCUGACGUGCUUAGCAAACCAAUAUGGCUGCCUUUUGGAGUUUCUCUGUUUGGGGCUGGCUGCGUACAUAUGUACAUUUUUAUUACUGGUAAUAUAUUUUUUUAUCUAUCUAUCUAUCUAUCUAUCUAUCUAUCUAUCUAUCUAUCUAUCUAUCUAUCUAUCUAUCUAUCUAUCUCAGUAUAUAUUGAUUUGGUUUGGUUUGUUUUACGGCAUAUCAACCUCAAUGGAUUAUUUAAUGUCGACAAAAUUUUUAUUGCUGGUAAUAUUUUUUAUCUAUCUAUCUAUCUAUCUAUCUAUCUAUCUAUCUAUCUAUCUAUCUAUCUAUCUAUCUAUCUAUUUCAGGGUUGGGGUAUGGUCAUCGUCGUUGUCGUCUUCUGCUUCAUUUUCGUCUUUUUCGUUGACGAUUUCUUCUAAUUUUUCAUUGUCGCCUGUUUCUUCUUCACCUCGGUGCUGUCGUCGUAUAUUUCUUCUUCUUCUUCUUCUUCUUCUUCUUCUUCUUCUUCUUCUUCUUCUUCUUAUUAUUAUUAUUAUUAUUCGUCGCCGUCAUCAUCGUCUUCUUUUCUUCUUCGUUGACUGCUGCCUGCUUCUUCUUCAUCUUCAUUGCUUUCGUCUUAUUCUUCUUUUUCUUUUUCUUCUUCUUCUUCGCUGCUGUCUCUUUUUCUUCUUCAUUGCUGCCUUCUUCUCCUUCGAUACCGACUACUUUUGUUUUCUUCUUCUUCUUCUUCUUCUUCUUCUUCUUCUUCUUCUUCUUCUUCUUCUUCUCUGCCGAAUUGUUCUUGUUGUUCUUUUUCUUUUCCGUUGCCGUCGUCUUCUUUUCUUCCUCAUUGUUAUCAUCGACUUCUUUGCCGUCUUGUUUUUGUUGUCGUUGUUGUUGUCGUUCUUCGUUGCCACCUGA